UCACCACAACACUGCAACAGACGAUAUUCGCGCGCUCGGCCAGAAGCACCUUCCCCCACCGCGAGCGAGCGCUUUAAGCCCUUCACGCCCCGCUCCAUCGUCAACACCACCCCGCGUCGACGACGCACCGCCGUACACUUUUUCCCAAUCGAAAAAUCACAUCACGCCGCCGCCGUCCGUCCACCACCGUCGCGAUUCUCUCUUAUCCGCCGCCGCCGUUGCCGCCACCGACACCGACACCGUUCGCGUUCCGUGGUCGGGUUUUGUUUUGAUUGUUAUUAUUAUUUUUAUUUAUUCUUGAUUUUUUUUUUUUAAAUUUUAAAUUUUUUUCACUCCAAUGGUUCAUCGAACGUAAUUACGGUGGAUAAUCUAAUCAAAAAAAGGCGCUGCAACAGCGAUAUCGACGCCGCAAUGGCCGGUAAGUGGUUUUCGUAACGUUUUCACCGCCGUCUCACCUCUCUCGCCUCGCCGCCACCGCCGCGUACGCCGUUUACUUCUUUUCGUCGCCGUCGACAACUACCCCGGGCGGCACCUCCGCGACGUUAUCGCACGCUUUUCCGCCUAGCGCGAUACAAGCACCACCGCCGUCGCCGCGUUUUUCGCCCGACCGCGCCGUCAUCGCAUCGCCGUUGCGACUACGCAACCACCGCCGCAUCGUACGUGUGUGUCGUCGUUCGCCAACGUGACGGACGAGACAAGGCCGAUACCCGCAUUCUGUGCUUGUCACGUUUUUCCACCGCCGCCGUCGACACUUCUGCGCGCCAACGUUUCUAGGUCACACGUUCGCUCGCGCACAUGAGACUAUCCGCUGCUCCGCUGCCGACCACAAUGACUGACGACGCAGAGAACGGAAACGGUGAGAUUCAAUGGUGUUUCUCACAAGUUAAAGGCACGUUGGAAGACGAUGUUACAGAAGCCGAUUUAAUUUCCUGUGUGGAGUUUAACCAUGAUGGAGAAUUAUUGGCGACUGGUGACAAAGGCGGUCGAGUAGUAAUAUUUCAACGGGAUCCUAUGAGUAAAACAUGUAUUCCAAGACGAGGGGACUAUACUGUAUAUAGUACGUUCCAGAGUCAUGAACCUGAAUUUGAUUAUCUUAAGAGUUUAGAAAUAGAAGAAAAAAUUAAUAAAAUUAGGUGGCUCAGACGUAAAAAUCAAGCUCAUUUUCUAUUGUCUACUAAUGACAAAACCAUUAAAUUGUGGAAAGUGUCUGAAAAAGAUAAGAAAAUUGAAGGAUAUAAUACUAAAGAAGACAGUGGCAUUAUGAGGGAUCCAAUGAAUAUUACUUCCUUGAGGGUACCAGUGUUAAAGUCAAUGGAAUUAAUGGUUGAAGCUUCUCCAAGAAGAGUAUUCGCCAAUGCUCAUACUUACCAUAUUAACUCAAUCAGUGUUAAUUCUGAUCAAGAAACCUAUCUGUCAGCUGAUGACCUAAGAAUAAAUUUAUGGAAUUUAGAAAUCACUGAUCAAAGUUUCAAUAUUGUUGAUAUUAAGCCAACUAACAUGGAAGAGCUCACCGAAGUCAUAACAGCAGCUGAAUUUCAUCCGCUGGAAUGCAACUUAUUUGUAUACAGUAGUAGCAAGGGUACAAUUCGUCUAUGUGAUAUGCGAUCUUCAGCAUUGUGUGAUAAGCAUGCUAAAUUGUUUGAAGAACAAGAUGAUCCAACAACGAGAAGUUUCUUUUCUGAAAUCAUAUCUAGUAUAUCCGACGUGAAAAUUUCCAAUUCUGGUCGUUACAUGAUGUCUAGAGAUUAUAUGACUAUUAAGGUUUGGGAUUUACAUAUGGAAACCAAACCAAUUGAAACAUAUCCCGUGCACGAGUACUUGCGACCUAAACUAUGUUCAUUGUAUGAAAAUGAUUGUAUUUUUGAUAAAUUUGAAUGCUGCUGGUCAGGCACUGAUCAAUAUAUUAUGACUGGUGCUUACAAUAAUUUCUUCCGAAUGUUUGAUCGGGCAGCUAAACGAGAUGUCACAUUAGAAGCUUCUAAAGAAAUUGCUAAGCCUAAGACAGUAUUGAAACCUAGAAAAGUGUGUAUAGGGAAUAAACGUAAAAAAGACGAGAUUAGUGUUGAUUGUUUAGACUUUAAUAAGAAAAUUCUUCACACUGCAUGGCAUCCGAAUGAAAAUAUUGUUGCUGUUGCGGCCACCAAUAACUUGUAUUUGUUCCAAGAUAAAUUGUAGCCUUAGCUCUGACUACCGCUUUCAUUGUCUUUAAAUGUCUUAACAAGAUGGGAUUCUGAUUGCGGAUUAACAAAAUGUAUAAGAAAAUAUACACAGUGUUGAGCUUCUAUAGCAGAGGAUAAGAUUCUGGUAUCUUAUGUUAUUCAACAAUAUUUAUUGUACAAAAUAUAAUGUCUCCUCGGAAUCCCCUUUUUGGAUAAUACUGCUCGGCUCGUUUUAUACAUUUUUUUUUUUUUUUAAUUCCCCCUUCCCAAAAUUUAUUUCUAUUAGUUUACAGUUCUCUAAUGAGGAAUUGCCUUCAUUUUAUAUAUAUUUAAUAAUUAUAAAUUAACAUAAAAUUUUUUUUAGAGUAAAAAUUACUUCUGUAUAACUUUUCUACAAAAAAAUAUUUAAUUAUGUUUAGUGGCGAGCCCAAACAUUCAAUUUAAUUAUAUAUAUAAAAAAAAAUUGUACCAGUGAUGCGUAGAUUAUGCGAUCAUUUAUAUAUUUAUUUAUUUUUAUGUACAUACCAAUGUUUUUUAUGAUAAUAGUUAAUGUGUAAGGUUACAAAAACUCGUGAAGAGUGAAGGUCAAACACUAAUGAAAAAACAAAGAAAAUAUAUUUUCUAUUAUUUUGUUUCUUGUUUGGACUUCGCCAAGCACUAUUGAUGGACGGAUAUAAUUUUGUUGAAAAUCAAAUUAAAUUUAAUACACGUAAACUAAUUAUUAAAAAAAAAUGUGUACAAUAACUUAAAAAGAUGAUAAAAAGAAGCCUCGCAUCUGUUUUUGAUGGGUGAUGAUAAUGGCUAUUGUUGUUUUCUCUUUUUAUUUUUACAAAUGCUAAAUUUAUUUUUACGCCCGUGAAUUUUAUUUUCUGUACCUAUUUAUUGAUAAUAAUAAUAAUAAGUAUUAAUUGACUCGAA